AUGGCGGCUGCUUCACUUUAUCGCGAGUACAUGAAACUCUGCAGCGUGUGGCACGCGGAUCCCACGCGAAAAGGCAAAUGUCUCGGUGAGUUUAUUCGGAAAAGAGUGGCCGAAGAGUUCCGCCAGAGCGAGCAGACGGUUCUUCGGGACCCCGCGGACUGCGUUCGACGCCUCAAGAGCCUCCAGGCGAUCUCGGCCAACACCCACUCUAGCCGCUAUCCGAGGCUCUCUGCAUCGUCGGCGUCGAGUUUAACGCGAGCCGAGUGCUCGCAGUUGAUCUUCGAGAACCUCCAUGCCGUCGGAAAGGCCGAAGAGGAGAGUUCUCUGCUCGAUAACCUAAGGGAGAGGUUCUCGUUCAGGGUUGUCGACGGGAAACCCAAGAAGUAG